CGAUGCAGGUAUUGACGGCUGGUCCCCCUGGUCUGAAUGGACGAUGUGUUCGGUGUCGUGCGGUCGAGGGAUUCAACAGCGCGGUCGCUCCUGUGACCGAAUCAACAGCAACUGCGACGGCACAUCAGUACAGACCAGAGACUGCUACACGCAAGAGUGUGACAAACGCUUUAAGCAGGACGGAAGCUGGAGCCACUGGUCUCCCUGGUCCUCCUGCUCAGUGUCCUGUGGCGACGGCGUCAUCACUCGCAUCCGGCUCUGCAACUCCCCGACACCGCAGAUGGGCGGCAGAGACUGCGCAGGAGAAGGACGCGAGACUGAACCCUGCCAGCAAGACCCGUGCCCAGUGAACGGUGGCUGGGGUCCGUGGUCUCUGUGGGACAGUUGUUCAGUCAGCUGUGGUGGAGGGCUACAGCGCAGACACCGCCUGUGCAACAGCCCCGCUCCAAAAUAUGGUGGAAAAGAUUGUGUGGGUGACUCCAAAGCAGCCCGAAUGUGCAACGCUCAGUCCUGUCCUGUAGACGGCUGUCUCUCGAACCCGUGCUUCAGUGGAGCCAAAUGCAACAGCUUUCCUGAUGGCUCCUGGAGCUGCGGAGAGUGUCCGGCUGGGUACACUGGAGACGGGACACACUGCGAGGACAUCGAUGAGUGCAAAGAAGUUCCAGACGCCUGCUUUGUUCUGAAUGGAGUCCAUCAGUGUGAGAACACAGAACCGGGAUACAACUGUCUGCCGUGCCCACCGCGAUACUCAGGACAGCAGCCGUACGGCAGAGGCACAGAACAGGCCAUUGCCAACAAACAGGUUUGCACACCAAGAAACCCAUGUGCUGACGGCAGCCAUGACUGCAAUAAAAACGCCAACUGCAUCUACCUGGGCAUCUUCUCAGACAUCAUGUUCCGCUGUGAAUGUAAACCUGGAUACGCCGGGAACGGCCACAUCUGUGGGGAGGAUCCAGAUCUGGACGGCUGGCCCAACACAGACCUACACUGUGUGGAAAACGCCACUUACCACUGCAAGAAGGAUAACUGCCCUGACCUUCCCAACUCUGGACAAGAAGACUACGACAAAGACGGCAUUGGAGACGCUUGUGACCAUGAUGAUGACAAUGAUGGGAUCCCUGAUGACGGGGACAACUGCCCAUUCGUCUUCAACCCAAGACAAUACGAUCAGGACCGCGAUCAAGUGGGUGACCGCUGUGAUAACUGCAUAUACGACAGCAACACCGACCAGACGGACACCGAUAAUAAUGGAGAAGGAGAUGCAUGUGCUAUCGACAUCGAUGGGGACGGCAUUCUGAAUGAGAAGGACAACUGUCCAUAUGUGUACAACACCGACCAGAGAGACACUGACCGGGACGGAGUCGGGGACCACUGUGAUAACUGCCCACUGGAGCACAACCCUGACCAGAUUGACUCCGACUCAGACAACAUUGGAGACAAGUGUGACAGUAACCAGGAUAUUGAUGAGGACGGACAUCAGAACAACCUGGACAACUGCCCCUACAUCCCCAACGCCAACCAGGCCGACCACGAUAAGGAUGGAAAAGGAGACGUCUGCGAUCAUGAUGACGACAACGACGGCAUUCCUGACGACAGAGACAACUGCAGACUCGUCUUCAACCCCGAUCAGCUGGAUUCAGACGGUGAUGGCAGAGGAGACGCCUGCAAGGACGACUUUGACGAUGAUAACGUGCCAGAUAUUUACGAUGUUUGUCCGGAGAACUUUGCCAUCAGUGAAACAGACUUCCGCAGAUUCCAGAUGGUUCCUCUGGAUCCCACGGGGACUUCGCAGAUUGACCCCAACUGGGUCGUCCGUCACCAGGGCAAAGAGCUUCUGCAGACGGUCAACUGUGAUCCUGGCAUCGCUGUUGGUUUCGAUGAGUUCAACUCUGUGGACUUUAGCGGCACGUUCUUCAUCAACACAGACCGUGAUGACGACUACGCCGGCUUUGUGUUCGGCUACCAGUCCAGCUCUCGCUUCUAUGUGGUGAUGUGGAAGCAGAUCACGCAGACGUACUGGUCCCACACGCCCACCAAAGCCCAGGGCUACUCGGGACUCUCCAUUAAAGUGGUCAACUCCACCACAGGGCCUGGAGAACACCUCCGCAACGCACUCUGGCACACCGGUGACACCGAAGGACAGGUGCGAACUCUGUGGCACGACCCCAAGAACAUCGGCUGGAAGGAUUUCACGGCCUACAGGUGGCACCUGAUCCACAGACCCAAAACUGGACACAUCAGAGUUAUUAUGUAUGAAGGCAAGAAAGUGAUGGCGGAUUCCGGAAGUGUCUACGAUAAGACAUAUGCGGGAGGAAGACUCGGGCUGUUCGUCUUCUCUCAAGAGAUGGUUUACUUCUCAGACCUCAAAUACGAAUGCAGAGAUAUAUAAUGGAGGUUUUCCUGAAGGAGGUUCCUGUCGUUUUCUGUGGUGUAAAUUAGUGCUGUCAAAUGAUUAUUCGCAUCCAAGAUAAGAAUUUAAAUUUACAUAAUAUAUAAAUAUGUGUGUGUGUACUGUGUAUAUUUAUGUAUAUAUGUAUAAAUACACAUUCUGUACAUAAAAUAAGUAAAUAUAGAAGAUAAUUAUAUUUACAUUUAAUUUGUAUACAUAUAAGCAAGUAUUUCAUACAGUAUAGUCAUGCAUAUAUUUGUACACACAACAGUAAACACUUUACACACAAUUAUAUUUUGUAAAUAUGAAUUUUAUUUCGGUUUCACGAUUAAUCGUUUGACAGCACUAGUUUAAAUAUGCUGUGUUAUAAAACUCUUCUGCGGUGGAAUCGAGGAUCUAAACGUGAAGUCCUGAGGAUCCCGAGUGGAAAAUAAAGCUGAAAUCAGUGGAAUAAGGGAAGCUCUUCAGUAGAGUCUGAUCUGUGUGGACUUUUUGACGAGCACAGAAAUGAAGUAAAGCUGAUCAAUGAUUGGGGAUCUGGCGGUAGGAACGUCCAGAAAUGAUGCACGUUUGACUUUCUGAGCUCUUCUGCUUGCCAUUGACACGUCCAGAUCUUAAGGAUCGUUUUGAUGCGAUCGAUGUUGACCAAUGUGUGUUUCUCAGGGUAGAAGGACCUUCGAAGGACGUACAACGUUCUGUUUGUAAAGGAGCAGGAAUUGGAGGCGCACUUGUUUAAUUUAUUUAUUAUGUUGUGAGGAGAUGGAUGCAUGUGGACUCAUCUCACAAAUAAACAACUGGAGAGUGUUUCAGACUGGGGACUAUAGAUGUAUUUACAUAAAUAUAUACAAAUAUUACCUCACUGAUGUUUAAGAAAACAAAUAUAUGAAUAAUGAAAUUCUAGUUUAUUUUAGAGCCACUUCUGUAAAUAAUACAACCGAUUUUUUCCUUUCGGAAGCGAAGCCCCCCAGUGCAGAACAUGAAUGGAAAUUGUUGCUAUAAAUCGUUUAUGCGUAAUGAAUAAUGUUGCUGUUGUUGUUGUUUUUAAGUAAGUUAUUGCUUUCAGUUGGGUUUUGUCUGUUGUCAUCUGUGUAGAUAUAUGCUAUUUAAGUAAUUUAUAAUGAACUGUAACCUGACAUGGGAAGUGUUUGUAUAAACUGUUUGCACACUGAUGAGGAUAUUCUUAGUUUUUUAAUGAUGUUUAAGGAUGCUUCAGUGUCAGUAUUGUUACUAGUUCACACAAUAUUGUUUAAUGAUCAAUUAUUUUGUAAAAUCACAUGAACAAUAAAUACUUUUGGGGUAAAAUAG